GAAAAAUCUUUAUCAAGAUCUGGGCCUCCGAAAUCGUCACAAUCUCAGAUCUGGUUUUAGUUUAAGCACUUUCAUUUGCUGAAACUUUCACAUUCCCAUGAUGCAAUGGCUGAUCCAUACAGACAUUCUUCAUUAUAUUAUAGUGCUGCCAUUUCCUGUGCUAGCAUAGCCUUUUGUGUUGCAACACUGUCAACAUUUUUGGCAUUAAAUGUUGGAUUAGAUGUGAACCCACAAGUUGAGAAAUAUGAACCAGAUUAUUCUGUAUAUCAUAACCUGACAGAAAUUUUGGACCAUGUUAAAAGCCUUAUGCAAAAAUAUGGUGAAUACAUGUACCGAAGUGAAGAAUACAAAUCUAGGAUGGGAAAAUCCCAAAUUCUUAUCAGGGUAUCCAAUUUUUCUUCAGAAAAGACAGCACCACAUCGUAUUAAAAUUUUUCUUGCCUACGGGGAACAUGCCAGAGAGUUUUUCCCUGUGGAAAGCAUGUUUUAUUUUAUAAAAAAUCUGACGGCUGGGCUUGACAAGAACUUGCAAGGCACUGCUAGCCAUACAUACUCAACGUGGGUCCUCAACAAUUUUGAUCUCUUCAUUGUGGCCAUGGCGAAUCCAGACGGUAGAGAACACAUUGAACAAUCUAAAAACUACUGCUGGAGAGGGACGAGUGCUGGCGUGGAUAUAAAUAGAAACUUUGACUGGAGUUUUGGUGACCAUGGAAGCUCUAAAGAUCCUCACGAUGGGGAGUACAGAGGACCAUAUGCAUUUUCAGAACCUGAAACUGAAAUAUUUAAACAUCUGAGUGACACAUUUAAAUUUGAUGCCUUUGUGUCAUUUCACUCAGGGAUUCGCCACAUAUACAUUCCAUUUGCUGAUUCCAAAUCUAAACAUAACCACCGAGUCCCAGACAACUACGAAAACUUGUUGGAACUGGCCAAACAAAUGGCCACAUCAUCCCCCACUAGACCAUUCCAGUACGGGCUGGCGUACAACCUCAUAGGCUACACGGCUGAUGGGACGUCAUUUGACUACAUGCAAGGGGUGGCGAAGGUUCCAUUUUCACUUGCUAUUGAGCUGUGGGAAAAUAAAAAUCAUGUGGGUAGAAGUUGUUUUGAUGAGUUCAAUCCAGAGGGGAGACUACUAGAGGAGGAGGUUUCAUUAGUUCACCCACUGUAUGUAGAAUUAUUGACUUACCUGUAUCUUUGGAAAAGGAGACAUGUUGGAAGAGAUAUACUAGAGAUGACUGGGGAUUCAAAGUUUGAUGUAAGAAAAAGUGAAGAUGUUGUGUCACACAGUUUACAAUCCAAAUCAUCACCAUUGGACCAGCCCAGUGCCUUUUCAGAAAGUCAUACAACUUUUGUGCUGUUUUCCAUAUUUUCACUCAUCUGUGUAGCCCUCGGAGGACGACAUAUAUGCAGCUUAAUGAGAAAGAAGCGCAUCAUCAGUUUAAAAGCUUUAAGUUCCACCUUUUCCCUGUUUAAAAGCUUAUGACAUAUCUGUCUAGUAGUUUAUUGGGAUGUUAUAUUGGGAAUUACCACUGUCAGCAGUGUUGCGGAGUCUGUUGUCUGUAAAAAAAAUUUUUUAACUUUUUAUCUGUCUCUUUGGCCAAAGAUUCAUCACUGACUUGUAACAGGCUACAACACUGAAGUUGCUGAAAUGUUUACAGAAUGGAAGUGUUUAACAUACCAACUAGAACAAAAAUUUAAUUAGCCAGAUUAAUGUAUGUACUUAUUUAAAAUUUCCAUUAAGUGUUAUUUUUAAAAAAGGUUGUGUAUUUUAAAAGCUAUUGUGGGUUUUUAAGUCAUUUCAAUGGAGACAUUUAAACAAAAUUAUAAUAUUGAUAUGAAAAAUAUGAACUGACAAAAAUUAUAUUUGUAGUUUUACUUUU